CUGCGCGCCGGGCUGGCGCGAGAGAGCCGGGGCUAGGGAGGGCGGAGGCGCGCGGGGGCCAAACGCGGCUGUGGUGGCGGCGGCAGAGCGGAUUGAAGUCUAAUGUUACAUUUUAGUGAAAUGAUAAGAUGCUGAAGUUUUUAUUAUGGAAAAUAGAAAGUAUAGGAAAAAUUGUUCCUUAGUGAAUGGCAACAAUUAAUUACUCAUGUCACAUUUUGCCAAUCAGCUGUGACAGAAAAUUUUGUGUUAGAUGAUGGCUGGGACCAAAAUGAGAACUGGAGCAUCAUCACUGCUGACUUCAAAAUAGAGAACACAUUUACUUAGAGCCAUCAAUAUUUAGAAGCCAGAAAAAAAAGUCCAUUGCAAAGACCUAGAAAUGCAGAGCAGUAAAUCCAAUAGCAAUGACUCCAAUGGAAAUGAAUUUAAUGAACCAGAGUCCAGUGGGACAGAUUCCCUUGAUAAAGAAUCCCAUGAGAGGUGGAACAAAGACUUCAGACGACAAGGCAGAGAUGGUACUGACAACAACAGUGAGCAGCAAGAUCGAAACAAGACUUCUGAAGAACUUAUGAUGGUGGUCCGAGAAAUGAAAAAGUACUUCCCCUCUGAGAAAAAUCACAAGCCAAGUAUUCUUGAUGCCCUCAACUAUGCCCUUCGCUGUGUACAUAGUGUUCAAGCCAACAAUGAGUUUUUCCAGAUUCUCAGACCAAAUGGAGCCCACCAAACAGACAUGACUAAGUACAGCCUUGAGGAGCUGGUAACCAUCGCUUCGGAACACACCUCUAAAAACACAGUUUUUACACACUGGAUUACAAAACAGGAUACCUUUGUGGCAGUUUUUUCGUUUCUCUCGGGAAAGUUGGUACAUGUUUCAGAGCAGGCCCCUCUCAUCCUGAACUGUAAGAAGAAUUCCCUUGCAUCCUCUCCAUUUGUUGAGCUGCUUGCCCCUCAAGACGUGAGAGUUUUCUGCACACAUACAGCCCAGGCCCAUCUUCCGUUCUGGAAUGUCAACACCCAAACAGCCUCCCAGUAUGAAUAUUCUCAAGUGAAACCCUUUUUCUGCAGGAUCAGAGGAGGUAAAGACCAAGAACACGAGGCCCUUUAUUAUCCAUUCCGGAUCACCCCCUAUAUGAUCAACGUACACAGCUCUGCUGACGCGGAGUCGGAGCCUUGCUGCCUGGCUCUGGUCGAGAAGAUUCACUCUGGGUAUGAAGCUCCGAGGAUCCCUGUGAAUAAAAGGAUCUUUACAACAACCCAUACUCCAGGGUGUGUGUUUCUUGAAGUGGAUGAAAGAGCUGUACCUUUGCUGGGCUACCUCCCUCAGGAUCUGAUUGGAACCUCUGUCUUAAUGUACCUGCAUCCGGAAGACCGUCCUCUGAUGUUUGCUGUGCAUCAGAAAAUCUUGAAGUAUGCAGGCCAACCUCCCUUUGAACAUUCACCCAUUAGAUUUUGCACUCAGAAUGGAGAUUAUGUCGUAUUGGAUUCCAGCUGGUCCAGCUUUGUGAACCCGUGGAGCCGCAAAGUUUCCUUCAUCAUUGGCCGACACAAAGUCCGAACGAGCCCACUAAAUGAAGAUGUUUUUGCCACCAGAAUCAAGAAAAUGAGCAGUAUUGACAAAGAUAUAAUGGAAUUACAAGAUCAAAUUUAUAAACUUCUCUUACAGCCAGUUCACAUUGGUGGGUCCAGCGGCUACGGGAGCCUGGGCAGCAAUGGGUCGCAAGAACAUUACAUUAGCAUCGCAUCAUCCAGUGAAUCUAGCGGCAAUUGUGUGGAGGAAAUUCAGAAAGAGCCAAUGACGUUGCAGCAGGUCUGCGCCACUGUCAACCAAAUUAAAAACGUGGGUCAGCAGCUGUACAUUGAGUCAAGGACCAAAGUAUCAAACUCACAGCAGUUUGCAGGAUCAGAGCGCCGGGGAGGCGACAAGAAGUCUUCUCAUCCUUCAUCUCAGGAGCUGAGAAAUGGUAGUUUAGGCACUGAUUCUUGUGAUGAUUUGAGAAAGGAUCAGCAUAUUCCAUCCUAUCAACAGAUCAAUUGUGUGGACAGUAUUAUCAGGUAUCUCAAGAGCUACAACAUCCCUGCCUUGAAGAGGAAGUGUAUUUCCUGCACCAAUACGACUUCCUCCUCCUCUGAAGAAGACCAGCACGUCAGUCAGAGACCAGCUGGUGCCCAGGCACUAGACGCUUUUCCCCAGAUUCCAGUCCUGGCCACACCUGUAGGAGCCGAGGAUGACCACCCGGCGCUGGCGCUUUCUCCCAAAGCCAUGAGCGUGCUCUCCACCACAAGCCAGUGCAGCUACCGCAGCACCCUGGUGCACGUCCCCCACCCAGAAUCAGAAGUGACUGCUGGAGAUGAUGCUGCUGUGGGCCCCGACCAGGCGGAGGCCCGAAGUCUGAGCCUCCAAGCUUGCUCUGUGGCCCCAGAGGGCUUCCGGCAGCUGGGGCUCACCAAGGCCGUGCUCUCUGCUCAUACGCAAAAGGAGGAGAAGAACUACGUGGACAGAUUUCGGGAAAAGAUCCUGUCUUCUCCAUAUUGCUCCUACCUUCAGCCGGACAGCAAAAGCAGGCCGCACUAUCCCCUCGUCCCAGGAGAAGCUGCUUCCAAGCAGAUGCCAUCAGCCAGUGGUAAGAAGGGCAGGCACAAGCGUCUGAAACUCCCCGCGUCCUCACACAGCAGCGGCUCCUGGGAGAACUCGCUGCCUCCAGGCAGACCGCCCUGGCCUCCGGCAGACGUGGCCCCUCCUUCGGCCCCUUCCCUUCUGGCCGGCUUCCCUGUCCUGCCAUCGGUGUCCCCUGUGGGAGCACAGUGCCCAGCACUGAUGCCUGGACUGGGACCUCAGCCUGGGCUGAACCCUUCCUACAGGGUGCCGCCGCUUCUGGCCUUCCCUUCUCCUUACGUGGGUGCUUUUAUGACCAUUGUCUUACACAACCCCCCUGCCUGCCCCCAGAUGUGCCCACCAUUCUCUUCCCCUUGUCCAUUCCUGAGUGUGCCUGGUUGUGCUGAAGCAGCCUCGGUGCCGCCACCCUCCCUGCCAGUGCUGCCUCAGGAGCAUCCUCCAGCGCCUCCGUCCCCGGCCUCAAGCCAGAGAUCGGCCGAAGAAGAGUGGGCACUCCAGAGCGAGCAGGAGCACCCCUUAUUUGGUCAUUCCCGGAGCAGCUCCCCACUCCAGCUGAAUCUGCUGCAGGAGGAAAUGCCGGGGACCACCGAGCCCCCACUGCCAGCCCUGGGACAGGAGGCGGAGCCAGGAGCACAACACCGUCAGGCAGGUGACAGUGAGCACGGCAGUGACUCUGCGACCCAGGGGCUGUUCACCCUGCUGCUCCCCAAGGACUCUGUGGCGGGGGCCGGCUCUGCGACGUUGGGGAGCAGGUCCGUGAGCUCCGAGGCCAUGGGCUCGCUCUCCCACGGCAUGUCUGGUUGUGGCACAGGAAGCAAUGAUAGCAGCAGAUACUUUGCAAGUAGCGACUAUUCCUCUGAAACCUCCCAAAAUGAGCAGAAAUCAGAGGAAAAAGAAGCACCCCACAAAUCAGGUAGAGAUGCCGUCUGGGGGAUGAUAGAGCAGACCCCCGAGUGCAUCUUGAUGACAUAUCAGGUCCCUGAGAGGGUCAGAGAAGACGUACUCAAAGAGGAUCUGGAGAAGCUGGAAAGCAUGAGGCAACAGCAGCCUCGCUUUACUGAUGGACAGAAGGAGGAGUUGGCCGAAGUGCACCCCUGGAUUCAAAGCCAGGGGGUCCCUCGGGAAAUAGACACCCAUGGCUGCAUCACCUGUGACAGCAAACCUUCGUCGGCUGUGGAGGGACAGCCAUGCGAGAAAGGCCUGGAAGGAGGCAGCUGGGGAGCCGGAGAUGUGCCCGCCCGGCCUGUGCAAGACAGAAAGCUCUGAUGUUUGGGACCCUUGCCCUUCUGAAGCCUUGCAUAUCUUCUCAAAUUUUUGCCUUUUCAAUGGCUUUGCAGUCAUUGGUGGAUGCCUAGAGCUGUCCAAAAGUUUUCUUCAAUUUUUUAAUAGACUUUUAUUUUUCCAAAUAGAAUGACUUUCUAAAUAGAAUCUUUUCCUCUCAGAUUCUUCAUUUGAAAUGUGUUCCUAGUAUCUUGAAACCAUUGGUUGCAUUUGGCUCCCAUUUCAGCCUUCACAAUUCCAAAGAGCUUACGAUUCCAGCACCUGGAUGGUGGAGCACGAGCCCGCUCUCACCCAAGCGGGAUAGAGGCAGGAGGAGGGCCCCGUGAGCCCAGAACCUUGACUGCAUUUGAGCCGCCCCUUCUGGCGGGGUCGGGAGCUAGGAGGGCCGUUCCAUGAGUUCCAUAGCUCCAGGUUUCGUGCUGGACAGACCCUGCCUCCAUCCCAUAGAGGUGCUUCCACUGACGUGUGUGCUUAAGCAAGACAUUUGCACUCCAAUUUUGCCUUGUUCAGCAAGAGUAACAAAGUCUAGUCAGCAUUCGUACGCCUUAGUAGACAUCCACAGACAGGCCUUUCUGUCCUCACGGGAAUUUGCCCGUCAGCCUUGGUUAGACUCCAUCCUCUUGGGUUUUAGCAUUCCCGGGCUUUAAAUGUAGUCCCUCUCUCCAGGUCCUCCCCAACCCCCGCCAGGACCCUGAGGCCCCUGGGCAGCCCUUGGUGAGAGGGUACGCUGAUCAGAGGAAAAUGCUGGAGAUGGGUGAGCUCUACUUCAGGACUCCAGAUGAUCCCCUAAAUCAGAAGUUCUUAGGUCGCUCUUUGCUCCUGUCUUAAAUUUGGCUUAUUCCUGUGCUCGCUUACUCCCUGGUGCUCUGGAGAGUGAUUGCAUCUCUGAUUUGAAAUGCAUGUGACCUCCAUCAACACAAAGAGUAGGACACUUACAAGAGAACCUUCUCAUCGAUUUACACCAACUCCCAUCCUUUAGUAGGGGGGACUAAAUCCUACUUGGAAGCUUUGGAUUUUUAGGGAGCAUUUGAUAGGUAAAAUUCAAUCUUCUUUUCCCACGAGGAAAUUAAACAUGUGCCAUUUAACUGUUUGUUAUUAGCAGAAAACUUUUAUAUUCCACAGUGCCCUGGAACUGAAUGGAUGGUUUCUGAAACAUACAUUCCAUCUGUAAAAGACCAUAAUUUUUUCCCAUUUAAAAAAUAUGUUGGGAAAGUGUCUAUCACCCUACGAUUUCUUUGUGGCGAUGAACAAAUAUUUGAGCAUUGUCAAAUACUCAUUCCACAGAAUUUGGUUUGUUUCCAAAAAAAAAAAAAGAAA